UGGUUAGCACUUACCCAAUAAUAUCAUCACACGUGUCAUAUACAGCCCGUUACCUAAAGAUGGAGGAUGGUUCCGCUAUAUAAACCAGCUAACAUCUGUGUAAACCUUGAAAUCGAAAAACCAGAUCUAGAGAGCGUCUUCAUACACGCCCUCCCAUUUCUUCUUCUCUGCGAAUCUCAGAUCCUCCGCGAAACGAAAAUGAGGGAGUGCAUCUCGAUCCACAUCGGUCAAGCCGGUAUCCAGGUCGGAAACGCCUGUUGGGAGCUUUACUGCCUUGAGCAUGGCAUUCAGCCUGAUGGCCAGAUGCCUGGUGACAAGACUGUUGGCGGAGGUGACGAUGCUUUCAACACCUUCUUCAGUGAGACCGGUGCAGGCAAGCACGUCCCGCGUGCCGUCUUUGUCGAUCUUGAGCCCACUGUGAUCGAUGAGGUCAGGACCGGUACUUACCGUCAGCUUUUCCACCCUGAACAGCUCAUCAGCGGUAAAGAAGACGCAGCUAACAACUUCGCUCGUGGGCACUACACCAUUGGGAAGGAAAUUGUUGAUCUGUGCUUGGACCGUAUCAGAAAGCUCGCUGAUAACUGUACUGGUCUCCAAGGCUUCCUUGUCUUCAACGCUGUUGGUGGAGGUACUGGAUCUGGUCUGGGGUCACUUCUCCUUGAGAGGCUCUCUGUCGACUAUGGGAAAAAAUCCAAGCUCGGGUUCACUGUUUACCCAUCUCCACAGGUCUCGACCUCUGUUGUUGAGCCUUACAACAGUGUCCUCUCCACUCACUCGCUCUUGGAACACACUGAUGUCUCUAUCCUCCUCGACAAUGAAGCUAUCUACGACAUCUGCAGACGUUCACUAAACAUUGAGAGGCCAACCUACACCAACCUUAACCGUCUCGUCUCUCAGGUGAUCUCUUCCUUGACUGCUUCUCUAAGGUUCGAUGGUGCCUUGAACGUGGAUGUGACCGAGUUCCAAACCAACUUGGUUCCAUACCCAAGAAUCCACUUCAUGCUUUCAUCCUACGCUCCAGUCAUCUCUGCAGAGAAAGCCUUCCACGAGCAGCUCUCUGUUGCUGAGAUCACCAACAGCGCCUUUGAGCCAGCUUCCAUGAUGGCAAAGUGUGACCCACGUCACGGGAAAUACAUGGCUUGCUGUCUGAUGUACCGUGGUGAUGUCGUCCCCAAAGACGUGAACGCAGCUGUUGGCACCAUCAAGACCAAGCGUACCAUCCAGUUUGUUGACUGGUGUCCUACUGGAUUCAAGUGCGGUAUCAACUACCAGCCACCAACUGUUGUUCCGGGAGGUGAUCUUGCUAAAGUGCAGAGAGCUGUUUGUAUGAUCUCCAACUCCACGAGUGUAGCUGAGGUGUUCUCGAGGAUUGAUCACAAGUUCGAUCUCAUGUACGCGAAACGUGCUUUCGUUCACUGGUAUGUCGGUGAGGGUAUGGAGGAAGGAGAGUUCUCUGAGGCUCGUGAGGAUCUUGCAGCGUUGGAGAAGGAUUAUGAAGAGGUUGGUGCUGAAGGUGGUGACGAUGAGGAUGACGAAGGUGAGGAGUACUAAGAACACAGUGUUUGGAAAAACAUGGAUAUUGUGUGUCUUUUCUGCUAUCCUUUUAUGUUUGCGUUAAGGGUCUCGAAACGUUCUUGUGACGAGUCUUUGGUUUGUAUUUUCUUGCAACUAUCUGUAUUCUAUUAUGCUUUUUUACUAUCUUUGUCUCUUGCUAUCCGAACUCUAUUAUGGUUUUUACUCUA